AGUCGCGAGGCGUUCGCCGGGCAGGGUGGAGGUGGCUGCGUCGUCCGCAAGGAUACGUGGUCGGUUGCCGCGACGCCGCCGCGGUUCGCGCAGGCACAGGUACGAAGUGCGCGCGUUUUCGAGGCGGGUAUCAGUGAAAAGCGCAGGAGUGGCGUUUCUACGUGUCCGUUCCGAUAUUGCUGGCUGCGGUCCAUCGUUGACGGUGCAUAUCGGGUAGUAGGAGGCUCGUGUCAUCGGCGACGGAAAGAGAGGAAAGAACCAAGGAGAAGGAAGAGGGAAGGAAAGAGAUAGAGAGCGCGGCGCGGUUCUAUCGCGCGGUGCAGUGCGAAAAGUGUUCGCGAAGGGGGCCCUUGCUUCCUGGUCCGUGUGUGGGUGUUCGUGCGUGUGCCAAGAGAGCGAGAGCACGUAAGGAACGUUAAACGUAGAGUGACACACGGUGGUUGACAAAGGGAGAGAGGAGAAAGACGAGAUAAACACGGGUCGUCGGAUAAUCCUUGUGUACGGUGUGCGGGUUUCGUGAAGGUGCGUCAAAUGACAGUGAGGUGAUCAAUGUGCUCGAAACAUGGCUGAGGAGCUGGUGGUCACCCUGAACCGCGGCGACUCGUCCGGAUUCGGGUUCUCGCUCCUCGGUACCGCGGGUUUGCCGCACGUCAUCUACGACAUCGUUGAGAAUUCGCCGGCAGCUAAGAGCGGCAAGGUCGAGGCCGGUGACGUCAUACUCAGGGUGAACGAAGUCGAUGUCAACCGAUUCAGUACUAAAGAAGUGCUGAAAUGUCUGCGGCUCUCGUCGGAUCCCGUCACCCUGAAACUGCGAAGGGAUCCUGCAAUAAAAGCUCACGUGCGUCGGUUGUUGUCACCGGGACAGCCGGCAUGCGACGAGACGGAUUCGACCAAAAUCUCUCACGAGGCAAUGACCUUCCCGAAUAACCCCAGGCCGGUGUCAUCGGGUAACGGCGAAGAUAUGGAACCAAGAAAGCCAGGAACACCGGAACUUCCGGGUGGCUCGCCACAGGAACCGACUGCCGCGAAACAGUAUGCGACGAGAAGCAACGGAUCCUACAGUGACGCUUCCGGAUCCUCUGAAUUAGAGGCGCUACUUCCGCCAGUGGAUAGUUUCAAGGAGGAAGAACGUGCCCAAUGGGAGCCUCUCUCCGGCGACAAGUUCUCCAGGCAGAAGAAUACGCCUAGGUUCGAAGCGUACAUGAUGACCGGCGAUCUAAUGCUGAACCUGUCGCGCACGCAGCAGAGCAGCGGCCUGCUCCCGAAGCACCAGAAGAAGGUCGACUCGCUGAGGUACAACAAUCAUCAUACCCACCAUCACCAUAAUCACCACAAUCACCACCAUCAUAACUCGGUACCGACCAGUCCUAACGAGAUGCUGGGCCAUCACCGUGCUUACAAGUGUACCGGUUCGAAUUCGGCCAGCACCUCACCGGUCGGGAUCAGCAAACGUGAGAGCGGCCAGUGUCCAGGCCAGAGCGAUACUAGCAAACAAAAUGCCGCGAGUUUCGGUUAUUCGAGCGGCUUCGUUCGCACCUCGCGCUCCGAGGACCACUUGCAAUUCCAAAAGGAUCCGUCAAUGAGCGCGGUGGACAUUGACAUUGACGACGACGUCACGUCCAGCUUAAACACCCUGUUGGACACUCGACCUGACAGCGGCCAGGGUCUGUCCAGCGAUCGAAUCGUCUGGACGUACAACGCGCCAGUUAGCUCGCCGUCCGCCUCGGAGCGCACCUCCUGCUGUCAGAACGGCAGCUCCUCGCAAUCUUCGUCGAGUAGCUCCUCGACGGAGGGAACUAGUCCCCAAAGAUCCUUAUCGCCAACCUCCCCUACCUCGGUCUCGUCCUCCGUCAUGUCCUCCAAUUCUGGAUCCCGUAGGUUCAACGGUGAUCUCAGCCAGUCCGAGGCUAUCAGCAACAUGUCCAGUCCCGACUACAACGACGAGGAAACUAUGGACAUACUCAGUGCACGCGAUAUCAUGAUGGUCAGUGAUCCGAGUGACAGUGACUCGACGAUACUCGCCAGCGAGCCACCGCAGAGGAGGUUGAAGGCGGCAGCGGCGGCUGCUUCUGUACCACCGGUGUCGAACGCGUAUACACCGGCGCAGGAGAAUACCGAGCAUAGGAUAGUGAUACAGGUGAAGGGGCCGGACAAGGACGCCACCGCGGCGAGGAACACCAGUCCCAGGCAGAAUAGGCGACGGGGCAAUCUCAGCAAUCCGGAACUCGUGCCCACGUCCACCGCGCAGAACACCGUGCAACGGCCGACUGGCAAUACCACGCCUGAGUUUGUCGGGUAUCAGGAGCUGAAGGAGAGCGAGGACGAGAACGAAGCUCUGAACAUCGGUAACUACGAGGACAAGCACGGAGGCGCAUCACCGCCGCAGUCUGCGGACGAAGAGAGCGACAUCGAAAGUUUGCACAGCUUCCAUUACAGUCCGAAAGCGGUGGACCUACCAUCGGCGGUUCGAUUGGCCAAGAGGCUAUACUCCUUGGACGGCUUCAAAAAGUCUGACGUCUCUAGACAUCUUAGCAAAAACAACGAUUUUAGUAGAGCGGUAGCCGAAGAAUACUUGAGAUACUUCAGCUUCGAACGGGACACGCUGGACGUGGCUCUCAGAAAGUUCCUUGCCCAGUUCUCUUUGACUGGGGAGACCCAGGAAAGAGAGAGGGUCCUUGUACAUUUCUCCAAGAGAUUUCUCGAUUGUAAUCCGGGUGCAUUUAAUUCUCAGGACGCUGUUCAUACCUUAACCUGCGCCAUAAUGCUGCUCAAUACCGACUUACACGGUCAGAAUAUCGGUAGAAAGAUGUCGUGUAACGAAUUUAUCGAGAACCUCUCGGAACUGAACGACGGCGAUAACUUCCCCAGAGAGGUGCUGAAACAGCUUUACAAUGCCAUCAAAUCGUUCCCCUUGGAAUGGGCCUUAGACGAGGAAGGGGAUGAAACUGCGAAUCAGGCGAUCCAACAGGGUGACGGUCCAGCGAUAUCUGGUACCGGAAAUCCGUUUCUCGACGUGCCAAAUGUUACGGGUGCUACGGAGUUUAAGAAAGGAUACGUUAUGCGGAAAUGUUGCUUCGAUUCCAACGGGAAGAAGACACCGUUCGGCAAACGCGGCUGGAAGAUGUAUUAUUGUACAUUGAGGGAACUUGUAUUAUAUUUGCACAAAGACGAGCAUGGCUUCCGUAACGAUAGUUUGCACAACGCGAUACGCAUUCAUCACGCGUUAGCCACCAAAGCGUCCGAUUACACGAAGAAGGAACACGUCUUCAGGUUACAGACUGCUGAUCAAGCAGAGUAUCUCUUCCAAACGAGUGAUUCCAAAGAACUGCAGUCGUGGAUAGACACGAUCAACUUCGUUUGCGCCAGUUUUUCUUGCCAGCCACUAGCAGGAGCGGUGGGUUCUCAGCGAAAAUUUCAACGGCCUUUGCUUCCGUGUAGCCACACGAAAUUAUCUCCUAGAGAACAGUUACGGGACCAUGAGGAGAGGGUGAGCAAAUUGGAGACUGAACUGGAGGAGCACAGACGACAUCCGCCUGAGAGAGGAGCUAAGGCUCUCACUGUACAGAAUUAUAAGGAAAAAGAUGCCUACUUACAUCACGAGCUGAAGAGGUAUAAAACAUACGCGUACCUGUUACGAUCCAGGUUGGCAUUCACGGAGGUAGAACCGUCGCUGGUGGAGAGCAGUAUCGGCGAGGUGGAUGAGGGAAGUGGGGCCUUGCUGAACUCCGAAGUGGCACUGAUACCGCCGCCCGUUCCCGAUCGGCCAGCCAUAAAUAGGUACAGUUACAGGGCUGCCAUUUACAACCGUAAUCUGCUAAACGGUCAGGACUACGGCGGGGACAUUGGUUGACGUGUGAUGGGUGUCUUUUCAGCAUGUGUGGUCUAAUCUGACCUGCGCACGCAGGCAGAAGCAACAGCUGAAAUUCGGGAGAGAAUAUUAACGAAAAAAUACCUAACGAUGUAUUCGACGCAUCACUUGUUAAGUACUGUACUUUGCUGCGCGCGAGCGCGCGCGUAUCGUGUACUCACCAUUCUCUUUUACUAUAUUUAAUCGUAAACUUAUCAGCGGCCAUUAAAAGAAAACAAACCGGUAGUGCUAGCAUUUGUUCGGCGUUCUGCUACAGCAGCCACUUCGAUCUUUAUCGUUAAAUCGUUUAUUUUUCCCUCUUAUCGUAAUAUUAUUUGAUAUCCGUUUACUUUCUUGCUUUCUUGUUUCCAAAUUUUAAUGACUAUGUCGUUGUUGAACUUCAUAUUCAUUAUACAGAAAGCUGCUGUUCUAAGCGCCCAUGCGAGAGACCGGCUAACAAACUGGUGAUUGGGUCAGGGUUCGCACCUAACGCAGUAAUAGUGUAAACGGUUCACUAAUUAUACCCGAGUAGUUUGUUAAAGCGUUGACAAAGACUUGGCAAGGCCCGAUUCAAGACUCGUGCCUUGACUGAAGAUAAGACCAGUUAUGUAUAGAACAAUAUUCCAUUGGCCGGAACGAUACUCAUAAACUGUGACCAUCGUUUAAUUCAUCCGAAACGUAAAUCUACCUGUACAGAGGACAAACAGCUACAUAUACGAUUUUUAAAUGUAUCGUAAAACUCGAUCGAACAUUUCUGUAUUAAGAGUGACAUAAAUAUUGUACAGAAGUGACCUAAACGAAAUUGUAAAAUCACGCCAUCAAAAAGCAGAAGAAAGAAAAAAAGAAAGAAGACAAUUGUACGGUAUUUUGUUGCUAUACCAAACUGUGUCUAUCUUCGUACGUAAAAAUGGAAGAAACCAGUAUCUUACACAAGCAUUCCCUCAUGCUUUCCGCUUUUCAGUUCGCUGCUAACAAUUUUAUAACAAGUAUUUAACUAGUUAUGUCGGGUAACAGGUGGCGUGAAGUAAUAUGUCCUCUUCUCUUGCUAUUUCGAGAAAGUUUCGCCAAGGGUGAUAACACAUUAUAUGGGUGCAUUUGCUUUUAUUUUUUUAUGUUUACAUAUUUCUUUUUUUCUUUUUAUUCCUUUUUAUUUUUGUGUGCUACUCACAGUAGAAUGUAACGACAGACUGUUCUCGAUAUAUCUCCAUGAUCAAUCGCCACUUCCAUUGUCUUUUUUGUUUACCGCCUAAGGACCUAGACCUUUUUAUCAGCCGAAGAGUCUCGCGUACAGCAUUUUUAUAGAUCAUUAAUGUCAAGGAUGGGAUAUACCGCGAAAUUUCAAGGUAUUCUGCACGUGUUGUUGACUAUUUAUUUAAAGGUUGAAUAGAUGCAUUUAUUUUCUAAUAAACGAGACUAAUCGAAAUAAGUUAGGAAAGGUGCAUACGUUUUGUUGGAAACGAGAGGAGAAAAAUGAAAGGUAGUUGAGAACGGCGUGUUGUUUUGCCGUCGUUUCCAGUUUUCAUUUGUUGGUUUCAACAAAGGCGAUUUGAUACGCUGGAUGAUAUGUUAAAAAUACGGCGAUGUAUUAUGAAAUUAAAGACUGGAUAUAAAUCUAACUAGGCGCGUAUUCCCGGCUCGAAGCUGUUCAGUUGCGACGAAAAUUCUGUAUCAGCCAUUUUACACGCGUAAAUGUACGAUAUAUUUUUGUAUUUGGUAUAUUUGCCGCGAAUACGUUUCGCGUCUUUGUAUUCCAAUUCAUCCGCAUCCACCGAUUUUUCCAUGUGUUUUGCCUGAUCGAUUUAUGCGUGUGCCCGAUCCUCGCGAUCGAGGAAAGCCAGUGAAUCAUCGUGCAUGUGUUUUUUCUGUGAUCGCGCGCUGUUGCUUUUUGCGGUUUUUUCGUAAAUUGGUUGAUACGAAUGGAACAACGUUAUUCCGGUAGUUUUAGUCGACAACGACGAAUAUAAUAAAACGGAGAGUAAAAACAUAAAAGUGGAAGAAAAAAUCACGAGAGAAAUCGAGUCCUUCGUUUCUCGGCAUAAAAAUAUCGCAGAUAAGGACUACCGUAGGGCCUCACCUUAUUCUAAUCACUGUUCCGACUUUACGUUUAGGUGCAUAACAAGUAGCAAGUUAUCGAAAUUAUUCUAGCCUUUUUAAAUGAAAAUUAUCCAUUAACGUAUAUAUAUAUAUACAUGUAUGUAUAUGUAUACCGUGUACAUAUAUACGAAUAUAUGUAUAUGUAUACACACGAUUGUUCUUGCAUAAAAAGUAUUACGUAACUGACUUGGUGCUUCUUUCAGCGUUUUAAUGAUUUUUAGAAAAAUAAUAGGUUUUUAUUGAUAUAUAAAAAUAAUAUUUAUAUGUUAUAUAUCGUGCAAAAUGUAAUUCUUUGAUAAUACUUAUGGUUAAUAUGUUAAUAGUACUUGAACAAUUGAUACGUUUCUUUUAAACUGAUUAUAUAUUGUUGAUAUUACUUAUAGUUACUAGCUAUACACAUAAUUUAUUUUAUGGUAGAAAAGGCACUCUUGCAAGUGUUACGUAAUUAUUUUAUGCCUGUAUUCUGAAUUUAAUCAAGCGAUACUCUUCUAUACUCUUGGAAAAAGCAGUAUUAGGACUUACUAAUUUCUUACCAUUCAGUUAGAGAGAGAGAAAGAAAUCAAAAUACAUGGUUUUGUGCGAUUAUGUUGAACAAAGUUUAGCUAUUUUAAACAAAGUUUAGCAGAUUUUUAGUAUAACGUUUGUAUUAAUCGAUUGCAAGCAUUCCAAUGAAAUUUCUCUCUUAGAGAACACCAAAACAAAUCUGUUCAUUGACUAGUCGAAUUAGCGUUUUUAGAUAUGGUUCCUGUAAAUCAUGUUGCUGCUCAGUACGAAUACAUUAAUUCUUAAGCAUAAAUCAGUAAAAGCUCUAUUUCGUUACUUUUGUAUUUUGAUUGUAGGUAGUCGCUUUGAUAUUAUCUGUUUACUAUUUAUUAAAUACCAUUCUUUUGUAUCGUUCUCAAGAAGUCGUUCACUACAUCUAAUCAUAGUGUACACUAGACCCCUUGUACAUAAAACUGUAUUAUAUGUGGAUAAUAUAACGAUUAUUAUAAACUAUAUAAAGCUAAUGGCAAUAAAGAUAAACAGUCUCCAAAUUAAA